AUGGGCAGAGAAAGACAGAAAAAGAAGAACCGUUCUUCGAUAUCCAAAGUCAAACCACAUUCCAACCGGACCAAAACUGGAAAGAAAAAGGUCAAUUUUUUAGGAAAUGCGACCAUCGCACAGAAUUGGGACCGAAAACUUACUGUAUCGCAAAACUACAAGCGCUUGGGCUUGAGUUCGAGGUUGAACGGCGCCAGCGGAGGCACCGAGAAACAACCAAGCCUUGAGACCGAGGAAGAUGGGAACAAGAAGCGGGAUUCUCUUGCCAUUGCCGGCCCACGAGCUCUCAAUAAGCAGGCAACUCAAGAGGUCCAGGUUGAAAGAGAUCCCGAGACUGGUCGGAUUGUCCGAGUUAUAAGGGCAGAGCCCGAUACGAACGACAAUCCUCUGAAUGACCCUUUGAACGAUAUUAUGGAUAUUAAUGAUGAUGACGGCCAUGUGAAAGAUCGCCCCCAAAACAACAUUGUUGCGCAACUUGAAGCCGAAGCGGCCGCCGAGGAAGAGUUCUUGUCUCAAAAGAAACAGCCACGAAAACAAAGUCAACGAGAAGAGGAGUGGAUUACUAGACUCGUCGAGAAACAUGGCGAUGACACCAAAGCCAUGGUAAGAGAUCGGAAACUAAAUCCUAUGCAGCAAACAGAGGCAGACAUAACUAGGAGGCUGAGAAAAUGGAAGGCAAAGCAAGAAGUUGGGACGUGAAUGAUAUUCUCGAGGACACAACAGAGAACGCCUAUGGCGCAUAAAUGGAGAACUUCGACAAGUCAUGGUCGCGCAACAACUGGCAGUCUCGGCCUCUGGCAGUCUACACUGACUGAGGCAUUGGAAUUGGUCAUUCACAUGAGCAUUCAAGACUGAACACACUGGUGAGAAGUAUUGCCCAAGCAGCAAUUUUGCAUCACGGGGUGUUGUAUUCUUUGACAGCCAGAUGCACUGCUAGCUCCAUUGUCAGACGAAGGCUGGUACGUUUGUUUUUUCCGACCUGGCCAUCGACUCACAAUGUUGGACCCAAAUUGUGAAGCUCCCUGGCCUUUGUUAAUGCUGGACCAAUUACAAAUGCUACCAUUCCAUCCACAGUCUUGAUACGGCAUUCAGCAAUUGUUAGCUGGGAAAGAAACAGUGGCUGCGGGAUAAAGCCAAACUGCACCUGGAUUCUGGCGACGUCCUUUCGCCACCGCCCAAGUUCUUUGCACUGUGUUGAUCAUGGUUUCAUGCAGAAUGAUCACAAGAUGUUUGGCAUGUUUCAG